CAUCUACCACAGCAUUCAGGAACAUAUAAACAAACACACAUAAAAAAAUAUAGUAACUAUUCAUUCCCAUCUCAAAACAUAAAAUAGCCAAUGAUGGAUUUUCUCUUGUUGGAGAAGGCCCUGCUGGGCUUGUUUAUUGCAACUAUUGUAGCCAUCACUAUUUCUAAGCUGAGGGGGAAGAAGCUGAAGCUGCCUCCUGGGCCUCUACCAGUUCCUGUGUUUGGUAACUGGUUGCAAGUUGGGGAUGAUCUUAAUCAUAGGAACCUGGUGGACUAUGCCAAGAAGUUCGGUGAAGUGUUUCUCUUACGUAUGGGACAGAGGAACCUGGUGGUUGUGUCUUCCCCUGACUUGGCUAAAGAUGUGUUGCAUACUCAGGGUGUUGAGUUUGGAUCACGCACUCGUAACGUUGUUUUCGAUAUCUUUACAGGCAAGGGACAAGAUAUGGUGUUCACAGUGUAUGGUGAGCAUUGGAGGAAGAUGAGGAGAAUCAUGACAGUUCCAUUUUUCACCAACAAAGUUGUACAGCAGUACCGGUUCGGGUGGGAGGAUGAGGCUGCCCGUGUUGUUGCUGAUGUUAAGGCCAAUCCGGAGGCGGCUACGAAUGGGACUGUGUUGAGGAAGCGAUUGCAGUUGCUCAUGUAUAACAAUAUGUACCGAAUUAUGUUUGAUAGGAGGUUUGAGAGCGAAGAUGAUCCUUUGUUCUUGAAGCUUAAGGCAUUGAAUGGGGAGCGUAGUAGGCUUGCUCAGAGCUUUGAUUACAAUUACGGAGAUUUUAUCCCUAUUCUUCGUCCUUUCUUGAGAGGCUAUCUCAAACUCUGCCAGGAAAUUAAGGACAAGAGGUUGAAGCUCUUUAAGGAUUAUUUCGUCGAUGAGAGGAAGAAGUUUGAAAGCAUUAAGAGAGUAGAUAACAACAGCUUGAAGUGUGCCAUGGAUCACAUCUUAGAAGCUCAGCAGAAAGGAGAGAUCAACGAGGACAAUGUCCUGUACAUUGUUGAGAACAUCAAUGUUGCUGCAAUUGAAACAACACUAUGGUCAAUUGAAUGGGGAAUUGCGGAACUAGUAAAUCACCCUGAAAUCCAGAAGAAGCUGAGGGAUGAGAUGGACUCCGUGCUUGGGGUUGGAGUGCAAAUCUGUGAGCCAGACAUCCACAAGCUCCCCUACCUUGAAGCUGUGAUCAAAGAGACUCUUCGACUCAGAAUGGCCAUUCCUCUGUUAGUCCCUCACAUGAACCUUCAUGAAGCAAAGCUCGGGGGUUAUGACAUCCCGGCAGAGAGCAAAAUCUUGGUGAAUGCAUGGUGGCUCGCCAACAAUCCCGCUCAGUGGAAAAACCCGGAAGAGUUUAGGCCAGAGAGGUUCUUGGAAGAAGAAAGAAAAGUGGAGGCCAACGGAAAUGAUUUCAGGUACCUCCCAUUCGGCGUUGGAAGGAGAAGCUGCCCUGGAAUCAUCCUUGCAUUGCCUAUUCUCGGUAUCACAAUCGGACGUUUGGUUCAGAAUUUUGAGCUCUUGCCUCCUCCUGGACAGUCCAAGAUCGACACAGCAGAGAAAGGAGGACAGUUCAGUCUACACAUUUUGAAGCACUCCACCAUUGUCUGCAAGCCAAGAUCAUUUUGAUGAUAUUUGUUUCUUCUCAAGUUUACUUUUCGAUUGUCAAACUGGGUGGCCUUGUUUAACAUUUUGCUACAACUUCUUAAUAAUUUGUGUUGUAAAAAUCUAUGAAUUUCUAAAGUGGAUGUUUAAUUAAAGUUACAA